ACAGCACCAAUGCAAAUAUUAAACCUCAUUAGUAUCUUUGCAUCCCACUCCUCAGUGAAAGUUGAUUUUCCACUCUCUCUUUGUUUCUUGGAAUUAUUUGUUUAGUAUUUCUUGGAAUUGAUAUAUAGAUUGUUUUUCUUUUCUUUUCUUUUUUGAUGAGAAUUGCAUAUGUAGGAGUGUUCCUAUAUAGGGUUUUUUUUUUUUUUUUUGGUGGUUUUUAGAUUGGUGGCAAUCAGCAAAGAGAGAGAGCAAACUAAUUUAAAGAGCAGCAUUGUGACUACUCAUAUUCAACGGUUGGGAAUGUUUUAUCCAGCAAAGCCUAAACAUCAGGGAGGUACAAAAACAGCACAAGACUAUAAGAGAGCUUGGUGGGCUUUAACUUCUAGAGUUUCUGCCUCUCUAUUGAGGGACAUGCAUGGCAAGGGUGUCACGGACGUCAGCCACUAAAAAAUUCCUGCCUACACUCUAUUAAAUUCCUCCCAUUCCUUUGUUUCAUUGAUCAAAGAGCGGGGAAGAAGGCACCUCUUUUAUGGACCUUAUGUGGCAGGUGCUGAUGGUAGAUGGCGUGGAAGUGGCCAAAGUAGUUCGGGUUAUUAAAAUAGCAUGGGCAUUAUGGCAUAAUAGCAACGAGCUGCGAAAUGGAGGUGAAAAGAAGUCUGGGCAGGCACUGGUUCAACGGGCUAUGGACUAUCUGACCGAAUAUGAAGCUGCUGUCGAAGUAGAGGUGACUGAGACGCCGGUGAGGGAGCAAUCAGUGUGGUGGUCCCCAACACGUGGUGACUGUUUCGAAGUAAACGUUGAUGGCGCGACGUUCUCGAAGCAGAAAGUCACAGGUCUUGGGGUGGUCAUUAGAGAUGAUAAAGGAAGGGUGGAAGCGGCUCUGAGUAGAAGGAUUGAAGUCCCUUUGGGUGCUGUGGAGGCAGAUUCUAAAGCCUGGGAGGCUGGAUUACUCUUUGCGAAGGACGUUGGUGUCCAUGAGAUAGUCUUGGAAGGGGACUCGUUGGUUAUAUAUAAUGCUCUCUGUGGUGCAUCGCCCCCUGUGGCUUCAAUUGUCCUAGGGAUGCAAGAUCUAUGUACGGAGUUUAGGAAGAUAGAAUUCUCCCAUAUACGGAGAUAAGGGAACAAACCUGCACACACCAAAACAUGUGCUUAGAUUGAAGAGGUCCUUGCUGUAAUAAACAAGCUCUUAUUUACGAUUUUUUUUUUCUUUUUCUUUUUUGCGUUUAAGAACAUGGAUCUCAAGAUUCCGUAGUUCGUUCUUUUUUGCUAAGAAUUAAUAUUCUGUAGUAAA